AUGUACAAAUCUGCUGGAGCCACCCCUGUCACCUCAAACCAGCGGCUGCACUCUCCUCCUGCCCCCACAGCUGCUGGAGCCACCUCCGUCACCUCUGGCCAGCAGCUGCACUCUCCUCCUGCCCCCGCAGCUGCUGCAGCUACCACCGUCACCUCAGGCCAGCGGCUGCACUCUCCUCCUGCCCCCGCAGCUGCUGGAGCCACCACCGUCACCUCAGGCCAGCGGCUGCUGCCCCCGCAGCUGCUGGAGCCACCACCCGGCUGCACUCUCCUCCUGCCCCCGCAGCUGCUGGAGCCACCACCUUCACCUCAGGCCAGCGGCUGCACUCUCCUGCUGCCCCCGCAGCUGGUGGAGCCACCACCGUCACCUCAGGCCAGUGGCUGCACUCUCCUCCUGCCUGCACUCUCUUCCUGCCCCCGCAGCUGCUGGAGCCACCACCGUCAGCUCAUGCCAGAGUGCACUCCUCCUGCCCUCGAAGCUGCUGGAGCCACCACCGUCACUUCUGGCCAGCGGCUGCACUCUCCUCCUGCCCCCGCAGCUGCUGAAGCCACCACCGUCACCUCUGGCCAGCGACUGCACUCUCCUCCUGCCCCCGCAGCUGCUGGAGCCACCACCGUCACCUCUGGCCAGCGGCUGCACUCUCCUCCUGCCCCCGCAGCUGCUGGAGCCACCACCGUCACCUCUGGCCAGCGGCUGCACUCUCCUCCUGCCCCCGCAGCUGCUGGAGCCACCACCGUCACCUCAGGCCAGCGGCUGCACUCUCCUCCUGCCCCCGCAGCUGCUGGAGCCACCACCGUCACCUCUGGCCAGCGGCUGCACUCUCCUCCUGCCCCCGCAGCUGCUGGAGCCACCACCGUCACCUCUGGGCAGCGGCUGCACUCUCCUCGUGUCCCCGCAGCUGCUGGAGCCACCACCCGGCUGCACUCUCCUCCUGCCCCCGCAGCUGCUGGAGCCACCACCGUCACCUCUGGCCAGCGGCUGCACUCUCCUCCUGCCCCCGCAGCUGCUGGAGCCACCACCGUCACCUCUGGCCAGCGGCUGCACUCUCCUCCUGCCCCCGCAGCUGCUGGAGCCACCACCGUCACCUCUGGCCAGCGGCUGCACUCUCCUCCUGCCCCCGCAGCUGCUGGAGCCACCACCGUCACCUCAGGCCAGCGGCUGCACUCUCCUCCUGCCCCCGCAGCUGCUGGAGCCACCACCGUCACCUCUGGCCAGCGGCUGCACUCUCCUCCUGCCCCCGCAGCUGCUGGAGCCACCACCGUCACCUCUGGGCAGCGGCUGCACUCUCCUCGUGCCCCCGCAGCUGCUGGAGCCACCACCCGGCUGCACUCUCCUCCUGCCCCCGCAGCUGCUGGAGCCACCACCGUCACCUCUGGCCAGCGGCUGCACUCUCCUCCUGCCCCCGCAGCUGCUGGAGCCACCACCGUCACCUCUGGCCAGCGGCUGCACUCUCCUCCUGCCCCCGCAGCUGCUGGAGCCACCACCGUCACCUCUGGCCAGCGGCUGCACUCUCCUCCUGCCCCCGCAGCUGCUGGAGCCACCACCGUCACCUCUGGCCAGCGGCUGCACUCUCCUCCUGCCCCCGCAGCUGCUGGAGCCACCACCGUCACCUCUGGCCAGCGGCUGCACUCUCCUCCUGCCCCCGCAGCUGCUGGAGCCACCACCGUCACCUCUGGCCAGCGGCUGCACUCUCCUACUGCCCCCGCAGCUGCUGGAGCCACCACCGUCACCUCUGGCCAGCGGCUGCACUCUCCUCCUGCCCCCGCAGCUGCUGGAGCCACCACCGUCACCUCAGGCCAGCGGCUGCACUCUCCUCCUGCCCCCGCAGCUGCUGGAGCCACCAUCGUCACCUCUGGCCAGCGGCUGCACUCUCCUCCUGCCCCAGCAGCUGCUGGAGCCACCACCGUCACCUCUGGGCAGCGGCUGCACUCUCCUCGUGCCCCCGCAGCUGCUGGAGCCACCACCGUCACCUCUGGGCAGCGGCUGCACUCUCCUCGUGCCCCCGCAGCUGCUGGAGCCACCACCGUCACCUCUGGGCAGCGGCUGCACUCUCCUCCUGCCCCCGCAGCUGCUGGAGCCACCACCGUCACCCUCUGGCCAGCGGCUGCACUCUCCUCCUGCCCCCGCAGCUGCUGGAGCCACCACCGUCACCUUCUGGCCAGCGGCUGCACUCUCCUCCUGCCCCCGCAGCUGCUGGAGCCACCACCGUCACCCACUGGCCAGCGGCUGCACUCUCCUCCUGCCCCCGCAGCUGCUGGAGCCACCACCGUCACCUUUGGCCAGCGGAUGCACUCUCCUCCUGCCCCCGCAGCUGCUGGAGCCACCACCGUCACCUCUGGCCAGCGGCUGCACUCUCCUCCUGCCCCCGCAGCUGCUGGAGCCACCACCGUCCCCUCUGGCCAGCUGCUGCAUUCUCCUCCUGCCCCCGCAGCUGCUGGAGCCACCACCGUCACCUCUUUUGCUUAA